CACGGCCCUCACCCGUCCGACCGUUCUUCACCGUCUACGACCACAGCUCAUCAGCACAUAUAUAGAAGAUGGCCCCCUCAGCCUCAAAGCAAAAGCGUCUCGCAGAAAAGGCCGCAAAGCAGGCCUCCAAGGGCACGGACGCCUCCACAUCGACGUCUACACCCAAUGGCUCGUCCUUCAAUACCCCUCUGACCAGCAUGUCUGCUGCCACCAGUCAGGAAGACCUGACAGGGAUGGCCAAGCUGAAGAUCUCCACCGAUAGGAGUGCGUCCGGCGUGCUCGUAUCCGACGCAAAGGGCCGUGACAUUAAAAUCGACUCCUACACCCUUUCUUUCCAUGGCCGGCUACUCAUCGAGAACGCUGAGAUUGCUCUCAACUACGGUCAACGGUAUGGUCUUCUCGGCGAGAACGGCUCUGGAAAAUCUACAUUCCUCCAGUCAAUCGCCGAACAGGAUAUCGCUAUCCCACCUCAUAUCGAUAUCUACCUUGUCAGCGGUGAAGCCGAGCCUUCCGACGUGAACGCCCUCGACUACAUCGUCGCCUCCGCCAAAGCGAAGGUUGCGAAGCUCGAGGCCCGCAUCGAAGAACUCUCCGUCGCAGACGACAUCGAUGAGCUCGCUCUCGAGGCCACCUAUGAGGAGCUCGAAGAGAUGGACCCCUCCACUUUCGAAGUCAAGGCGGGCUCCAUCCUCCACGGUCUCGGUUUCAGUCAGACUAUGAUGAAGAAACCGACGAAGGACAUGUCUGGUGGUUGGCGUAUGCGUGUAUCGCUCGCGAGGGCGCUGUUCGUCAAGCCGCAUUUGCUGCUUAUGGACGAGCCCACAAAUCAUUUGGAUUUGGGCGCCGUCGUUUGGUUGGAGGCCUAUCUUUCGACUUACAACCACAUCUUGGUCAUCACGUCGCAUUCCCAGGAUUUCAUGGAUAGCGUUUGCACGAACAUCAUGGAUCUGACUAUGAAGAAGAAGCUCGUCUACUAUGCCGGUAACUACACAACCUACGUCCGGACCAAGGGCGAGAACGAGGUCAACCAGAUGAAGGCGUACCACAAGCAGCAGGAGGAAAUUCAACACAUCAAGAAAUUUAUUGCCUCUGCCGGUACAUACGCCAAUCUCGUCAGGCAGGCCAAGUCGAAGCAGAAGAUCAUCGACAAGAUGGAGGCCGCCGGCCUUGUCGAGAAAAUCGAGGUACCGAGACCUCUUCGAUUCAACUUCGAGGAUAUCAGUAAACUCCCACCACCCAUCAUCGCCUUCGACAACGUCGCCUUCUCUUACUCGGGCAAGAAGGAGGAUUACCUCUAUGAGCACCUGUCUUUCGGUAUCGACAUGGACUCCCGCAUAGCCAUCCUCGGCGCCAACGGUACCGGGAAAUCCACCCUUCUCAACCUCAUCACCGGCGCCCUCCAACCCACCCAAGGCACCGUCUCCAAGCACGUCAGUCUCAAACUCGCAAAAUACUCUCAACACUCCGCCGACCAACUGCCGUACGACAAAUCGCCUCUGGAAUACUUCCAAGCCAAAUACGCCGAGAAGUUCCCGGAGAAGGACCUCCAGGCGUGGAGGGCGCAACUCGGCCGGUUCGGUCUGUCCGGGACUCAUCAGACCUCGACGAUCAAGCAGCUCUCGGACGGUCUGAGGAACCGGGUCGUGUUCUCGCAGAUCGCGAUGGAGCACCCGCAUAUCCUGCUCCUCGACGAGCCGACGAAUCAUUUGGAUAUGACGUCGAUCGAUGCGCUCGCCCGUGCGAUUAAGGAGUUCGAGGGAGGGGUGGUCAUCGUGUCCCAUGACUUUAGGCUGAUCUCGCAGGUUGGGGACGAGCUUUGGGAGGUCAAGGACAGGAAGAUCAGGAAUUUGACGAAGGAGGAUAUCUCGAUCGUGACGUAUAAGAAACAGCUGGCGCAGCAGAGUAUGGCGGCCAUCGAGAAGGCGAAGUUGUUCAGCAAGAAUAUGACCAAGUCGAAGGCUUGAGCGGGGUUGGGUGAUUCGGGGCUAGGUGGUGCAGGUUUAGGUUUAGGUGUGGGUGAGGUGGGGUGAAUUGAGUAGAUGGUUGGUGUGUACUGGGCGCGUUGUAGGUUUGUAGGUCCGGAGAGAUGAGAUGGGUGUGUAUGUGAGUAGUGUCCGAUCAUCGAUUGAAGUCUAUCGCCGCUGUAUCAUUACACGGACCACGGUUCGCUCGUUGCCUCGUUCAUUGUUGUCGUUGUUCGUUGUAUGUCGCAUCCGCCGUCGUGUUUGUUUGUGUUAUUACCCACAUAUACUUAGCAUGAUUUCGUGUGACGGCCAGUACAUAUCGCAGUUAGAGUUGAGCAGGUAGUUGUAGUAGUCGUAGUAAGUAGUCUUCCGUAGACCCAAUAUUCUUGUAGCUCCCUCUCCCGUCUUGUUACAUGCAUACCGAUAUCAGCCUCUUCCUUGUACACGUCCCAUCCAUGACCUCAACAUCAUUCUUCA